CAGUCACACUCCUGCUCUCAACUUUACCCAGCACUGGCAUCCACACUACUAUCGCUGUGCCCCUGACCCUUCUCUCUCUCUCUCUCUCUCUCUCUCUCUCUCUUAUUUGUUUCUCUCUGUCAUAUUUUUGUAUUUUUCCAUACAAACGUCUCCCUUACUUCAUCUGUCCAUUGUUGUCAUUUGUCUCACUUUGUGUUUAGCUCCACCGUGGUUUUAUUCUGUCUACCUUUGUUUCAUUAACCAUCCAGGAGCAACCAGAUUUCUACAGAUUACCACAUGGAGUCACGGUACCAUCGUCAUCACACUCUUACUCCAACAGGGCCGGCGAGACCAUUCCUGCCGUGGUUGAAGUGGCCCCAUAUUGAGGGUGAGCAGGGAACAGGCUCCGUGGCCUCUGGGGACCCCGGGCGGGGUUUAAUGCGAGAGCUGAUCUGGCAGAUAGCGCAGAGAGAGCGCCAGGCUCUUGAGAAAGAGCCGCAGCACCACUUCUCCCGAGGCACUCUGGGACAUCUACGGCCUUGCACCCGGCCGAGCUCGUUCACCCCGAUGCCAGCCUCUGAGCGCAGGCAGCUAGAAGAACUCUGCGCCCACGUUCCAGCCUCCCACGCUGCCACUGUGCUGUCCAGGUUCUGUGAGAUUCUGGCUCACAGUGAUGUCCUGCCCUGGGAGCUUGGUUGCGUCUUCGAGUGGGUGUUGAAAGAUUUCCUAAGGAGGCAGGAAGAGGUUGGACACAGGCUUCCCAUGCCUCCACAUCAACCACCACUACUUCCUGUUUCCCCUCCUCCUGCAGGCAGGAGCACCAGCAAAUGGCCGGCUUAUUUUGCCCCAUCCUCGCCUGACCUGCAGGAAGGUCACAGAGAAGAGAUCCCCACCAUCUCCAGCUGUGUGGACAGGCAUGUGCGCAGAGCCUGCCCAGCCAGUGUUCAAAGAGACUCUCUGCCCUCCUGUCUUUUCCCUGUAACUGCCCUGAAUCCUAAAGCACUACACCGUGAGGAUUAAAAAUAUCACAGCGAAACCCGAUUGAACCCCGUGUCCUUUCUCCAUACACAAAAUUCCCCUGGAAGAACCCAGGAAUGCAAUAUUAAGGAAUGCAAGAGUGACAGCCAUUUUAUAAAAAUGAAGAAGCCGUGGGCUUGUGUAUUGAAAAUAUGAGGGGCUGGUUUCUCAGAAACAGAUCAAGACAGAUGCCCAGGUGAAAAUACUACAUUGUCCUGGACUAAGAUAAAUCUGGACUAAUACCUGGAGAAGAUUUAUAUAAACCUUGCAUUUAGUCAUAAAAAGCAACAAAGUAUAUUAUAAUUUAAAAAGGUCUAUUU